GUGAAGCUGGGUGACACGGGAUCGAAUCCGCCAGGGAGCACCAGUUCCCUCAAAGAUUACAGGUACACCUUGCUGACGAGUGCCAAGUAGCACGAAACCCGGGUCCAGGGUUUCCUGUCGACUCUCUCCAAUCACCAUCUAAACUACUAUUGUGACACAGCUGAUUAAAGUGGUUGUUGGUUGAUCGUUUGAUGAACAAAUUUUUGUCCUUAAAUAACUAGACUGUUUUGACUGCUUUUCAAAUAUAAAUGGGGUUUUUUAUUUGGUAAUAUGCUUUCAUACACAAUCACUCGAUAGAUGAUUAUUUCUUAAAAUCUUGAUAGGAAUGUUAAUUUGCUCGCACCACGUACAUUAUUAGUUCGACAGUAUCAGCUACAAAUUAAUUAAUUUAACACUUAAAUUUUGGUACAACAGGACAUCAAAAAAAUAUGUGUCACACAAGUAAGAAAAUGCUAUUGUGAAAAAGUUUUUCUCCGGAGAAAAGAUCCGCACAACCCUCAUAGCUGUUUCUAGAAUGUCAUUUAUAGCAAAGUUGGAGAAAAGUGAUGAAAAGUAAUUUCGGUCAGUUGACCCGUCAUAAUCAUCUACAUACUGACCACUUACAUUUUACUGUAACUCGAAAUAUGAGGAUGAUGAUUCAAGUCUCAAAACAUGAAAGUUCGUUUUCAUCAUUUUUCUUACCCCUUAUCAUCAUUUUUUACUAAUGCAAUGUCACUUAUAUUUUACUGUCAGUGUGAUGCUACUGUUACUAGUGACCAAUGGUCAGUGAUUACGAUUCUCAACCUCUGAAAGUCCUUUAACCUUUUAGACACUCAAGCUUUGACUAUUCGGUCGGUACGUAUGAUUAGUAAGUAUCGAUCCGAAAGGGUUCUAGGUAAUAUGCAACGACUGAAAUAUCUGUUUCGUAUGUUGUCCACUAUUAUGGCUUACGAUGCUUCUUAGAACUGAAGUUGUUUGAUCAGAGCACCUCAUAAAAUAAGUCUGUUAACACACCGGCUGUUAAUCUAAGUGCCGACUCAAGUUUUGAAGUUAGAUGACACGAUCACCGAUCUAAUAAAAAUUAGUGACUGCAAACCUUAAUUGACAUGGUUCAGAAUAAUGGUUCACCACAGUGUAUCAGUUCGUUCCUCGUGUUCAAAAUCGUAUCUUAUUUCUUGCGAUUUAUCUUCCCUCCGUGACAUGUGUCGUUCUUAAUUAAUGUAAAUAUUUUUCUGUUUAUGUUCCAUUACUUUGUGUGCUGUUUUUAAAGUGUUUUAAAUUGAGUAGUUUGGCGUACGGUACUUCAUUAUUUUAUCUAUUCGUUUAUUACACUGACAACUCUAGUUUUUAUGGACUCAGUAUCACUCGUCGAAUAUCCAAAGGCCAUCCGUUGCAUUCCAGCUCUUUUCAACAGAUUUUAUUCAGUUUUAUCAUCAUUCAAAUAACUCAUUUUAGUGUGCCUAAUUAGUUACUAUCAAGUUGUUUACGUCUUAAACAUGCUUUAAAACCAGAUACUUACAUAAUUUCUUGUUUUGUAGGCUCAAGCCGAAUUAAAGGAAAAAUUUCGACUCCUCGAAUCAAACCCCGAGAUUUUGGCCUUAUACAAAGAAUUAGUUGUUAGUGGUAUACUUAGCUCUGAAGAGUUUUGGGCUCGACCAGAAUUUUCUCAUAAUAACUUUAAUUCAUCACAGUGUUUGAAUAAUUCCACAGCUAAUAACAAAGCUUCUGGAACUACUGGGACAUCAGAAGCAGCCCCUAACAAUGCAAAUAUGCUGUCUCAUAAUAAUCCGUCAAAUGGUCCUACUAGUCAGAUUUCACGAAGUUUUCAGCUAGACGACCGACCUCAAGUUAUUGGAGUCCCCAGUUGUCUUUUAAGCGAUAUCAAACCUGAAGCAGAUGGUGCCAAUGGAAUAAAGUACAACCUUACUCACGAAACAAUCAAUGCAAUAUUCCGAGCCUACCCUACUGUACGUGAUAAACAUCGAGAAAUGGUCCCUGAUAAAUUAUCUGAAGCUGACUUCUGGAUAAAGUUUUUUCAGUCUCAUUAUUUUCACCGUGACCGUGUUCACCUUCCGAAAAAUGAUAUAUUUUCUGAUUGCGCUGGUAUUGAUGAUAAACUUUUACUCAGUGAUAUACGGAAAUCAAGAGUCAGCCGAAAUAAUGUUCAUCUUGAUUUACCUAAUCUUACCGAUUACGAUAUAGGACAAGGUUAUGGAAUUGAUCAAAUAUCUGGUCCAACAAAAAUAAAAUCAGCUGAGUCAUUCUCGAAUCAGAGUGCAGAUAAUACAUUAAACGAGUCAGCAAUUCCGAGCAAUUUAUCCGCAAAUCAGUUGUUGCUUCGUCGUUUCAACAAUCAUUCAAUACUCGUUUUGAAAUCUCUUAGUUCAAAUGACGCAUCUUCAUCAACUAAUAAUGCAUCUCAAAAUCCGAAAGAUGUGCUUAACUCUUGUCCGCUAAAAGACCGUGUGUACGUUAAAGAGCUGAUAGAAGAUCAAAAUCCUGCAGAAAUCCAGUUAGACCUAACUUGUGUAACUGACUAUCUGGAGGGUCCUACCCCUAGCAUAGCUGGUAAAGCUGCAAAGUUAAUGGAUCCAUUAUCAGUUACACGUCAAAUAGAUACUUCGUUUUAUGGAUUACAACUAGAGCAGUCAGUAAAGAAAUGUAAGGAUUUGAUGGUAGCUGCUUAUCACAUGGGGAAAAAGCCAGGCGUAUCACUUUUAACUGCACUUGAAUCUCAACAAGCAUUAGCAGAUGUCUCACCUGGUGGUUGUCUCAUCGGUGGUAAACUUAAUAAUGAACGCACGAAACCAUGCGACUUAACUAGUGAUCAAUCAUCCUUACGUUUGUUCGAACCAGGGAGAAACAGUCGUAUUUCGAACUCUCCGAAAGUCUCUGAUGAACACCAUGCUGGUGACGAUGUCGAUCGUGGCCCGCCACUACUCACACCAGAACAGGUUAAAGAUUUGUCACUUUUAUAUUCUAGUGCCGCUGAACUCUUAAGACAUUUCUGGGCAUGUUUCCCUGUAACAACCCCACAACUAGCUGAUAAGUUAGAUCGUGUUGCUGCCAGUCUCGUUCGUUUUCGUACAACCAAGGUAACCCACUUCGCCGCUGGUGUUGAUCCAUCUUUGAGGACUAAGUCAGACAUAUAUUCUUCUGAUUCAUCCGAGCAUUUACCCAACACAGGAAAUUCUGGGCCUAUUUCUUACCGUUCAAGUGUGACUAGUCACCUGGAAUCGAUGCUGGACUCCGCUCAAAAGAAGUAUUCUGAAUGGAAAACUCGGCAUUCGCAAUAAUGUAAAUAUCUGUACAGAUCAAAUUUUAUAAGAAUUUUGUUUGC